GCGGGGCGGGCCAGCCCACGCUGCGUGUCCACGCCGACCCCGGGGUGUGAGACUGUGUCCCUGUGUGUCAUCGACUGAUGUGAGCCCUGCUUCGACGUGCGUGUCAUGGCUUAAAAAUAGAUGCUAAUCCGUCAACCGGUCUGGCGGUGGCAGCGCGGCGGCGGGGCGGGGGCAGCACAGCGCAGCGGCGGCAGGAGAGUCAUGGCCGUGGGGCUGCCGGCCGCCGCGAUCCGCCUCCGGGACUGAGACCCCACCGCGCGCAGAGAGCCCAAGAGCAGGGAGAAAGGAGCUGCCGCAGCUGAAGAAGAUAAUCCUGAAGGCCCCACCAGGGCCAGAGCAACAGCUACCUGGAGACUGACCCACCAUCACCGCAACCACCCCUGCAGCUGCCACGGUUUCUGCCGCCUCUAAGAUGUGCCCUGGUAACUGGCUCUGGGCCUCCAUGACUUUUAUGGCUCGCUUCUCCCGGAGUAGCUCAAGGUCUCCUGUCCGCACUAGAGGGGCCCUGGAGGAGAUGCCAACAGUUCAACAUCCCUUUCUCAAUGUCUUUGAGUUGGAGAGGCUCCUCUACACAGGCAAGACAGCCUGUAACCAUGCAGAUGAGGUCUGGCCAGGCCUCUACCUCGGAGACCAGGACAUAGCUAACAACCGCCGCGAGCUCCGCCGCCUGGGCAUCACCCACGUCCUCAAUGCCUCACACAGCAAGUGGCGAGGCACACCCGAGGCCUAUGAGGGGCUGGGCAUCCGCUACCUGGGUGUCGAGGCCCAUGACUCGCCAGCCUUCGACAUGAGCAUCCACUUCCAGACGGCUGCCGACUUCAUCCACCGGGCGCUGAGCCAGCCGGGAGGGAAGAUCCUGGUACACUGUGCUGUGGGAGUGAGCCGAUCUGCCACCCUGGUGCUGGCCUACCUCAUGCUGUACCACCACCUCACCCUCGUGGAGGCCAUCAAGAAGGUCAAGGACCACCGAGGCAUCAUCCCCAACCGGGGCUUCUUGAGGCAGCUCCUGGCCCUGGACCGCAGGCUGCGGCAGGGUCUGGAAGCAUGAGGGGAGGGGAGGGAGGUCAGGCCAGGUGUGUGGGUCCCUGGUCCCCAGCUGGAGAGAGGAGGCUCAGGUGGCAGGUAGUAGGAAGCCCAGAUAACCCUCCUCUCCUGUAAGCAGGAGAGCGAGAGGGCUUGGAUGCGGCCCCAGGCCACUGUUGCUAUUUGUCGGGAGGGCAUAGGGAGUGAGGUUAGGCAGGGUGGUGGGCACCCAGGAGGGAGCUGACCAGGGAGAGGAGCAGUUAGGCUAUAGGUCAAAGUGGUCCCAGUAUUUGGACACCACUGGAUUCCAGCCAGGUUGCUCCAGCGGUUCACGGUCCCUUCCCCUCUUUGUGCUCAAGUGUUCCCCUCUCUCACUUAUUAAAACAAAAAGGCCGACCCUGUCCUGUGCCUGUGAAGGGAGUCAGGGAUGCGGCCAGCAUGAAUGUGAUGGUGUAGAUUUGUGUGGAGACAGUAGUGUAGAGACAGACGGUGCAGAGAUGCUGUGAAAGCUGUGAAACCAGAGGGAGAAACCUACAGACUUGUUACUCCAAGCCCGGGAAGAGGAGGUGUGGGAGGGUUGGCACUGUGCCUGUGGGUGCUGGUCAUGGCCAAAAACUGCAGAGGUGCGUGACUGAGAGUCUCUAGAUGAUCACUCGCUUGCUAGAUCCAAGUGUUCCAAGGAAAAAUAAAGAUGGUGGACA